AUGUCAUCUGGCAGUGUUGCGUUGCCUAUCAUUGACUUGAGUGGUUACCUCAACCCGUCGUCACCUCAAGAUAAAGAACGAGUCGUGAAAGAAGUUUGCGAUGCUGCCCGUCAGUUUGGCUUCUUUCAGAUUAAGGGACAUGGGUUGCCCUUGACUCUGCAAAGAGAACUGAUUCGGUGCAUGGGCAACGUCUUUGACUUGCCCAAAGAGGAGAAACUCAAAAUGUCCUUUCUCGAGAACCCCUGCCGCCGCGGCUACGAAGCUUCUGGCAUGUCGCAUCGCGAGGGAGAUGCCCUGCCCGAUGCCAAAGAGUGUUUCUUUGUAGGCCGCGAGGAUCCUGUCGUAGAACUCUCUGGCUUCUACGGACCCAACGUGUGGCCAGAUUUGCCUCACGAGGACUUCCGUGGUCCCGUCUCGGAGUACUACCAAAAGACUAGCGAGCUAGGUAAGAACAUAUGGUCUAUUCUGUUGGAGGGACUCGGCCAGCCAGCCGCCACUGUCGACAAGUUUGCCAAGCGGCCCAUUGUGCCCAUGAAGAUGAUCCGCUAUCCUCCGCACAGCCAAGCGCGCGAGGGCCAGUUUGGCAUCGGCGCGCACACUGACUUUGGUGGUGUCACUAUCCUCUUCCAGCAGCCUGGCAAAGACGGGCUCGAGGUGUGGCACGAUAUUCGAGAGGAGUGGAUUCAGGUGCCGGCUUUGGAGGAUGUGUACGUCAUUAACUGCGGCGACAUGGUGCAACGGUGGUCAGCUGGCGUUUACAAGAGCGCCAGACAUCGUGUGAUUAACAAGGCGGACGGAGAGAGGAUGUCCUGCGCGACUUUUUGGCAUGGCGAUGUCUAUGCGACGAAUCCGCUGAGGCCGGAUGACGGUAGCAACGAGACGGUUGGCUCGUUGCUGGCCAAGCGGUUCCGGAACCAGUAUUCUUUCACCAAAGAGUUUCUUGCAGAAGUUGGUGCCGCAUGAAUGAUGAGAUGGCAUGAGAUUGACCUUCAAUGAGAUUAGAUAGUCGAAAUUUGGUACUUCACAGAUAGAAUGCAAUACUAUAAAAUGAAAUAUGAAG